AUGGCCAGGGCUCAGCUCAGCUCCUGGCUGCUCCUGUGUGUGUUUGCUGCAUCCCAGAGGCUGACAGACGAACAUCCUCACAGAGGCACCAGCACAGCCCGUCGUGGCCCAGAGGACGCUGGCAUCAUGUUAGAGAUGCUCUGGGGAAGGCUGGAUAUUCAGGCCAACGGGACAAUCCUGCUGCAGGAUGAAGAGCUGGCCUCCCUACGCCCGGCACGGCGGUUCCUGCAGAUUUUAGAGGAGGAAGUUCCCAAAACACCGGCAGAGAUUGAGCAGCAUCUGAGAUACUAUUCACUGACUGAUACUCCCUUGUCUCUGACAGAGUUUGACCGUCUCCUUUUCACCAGUGUUUACAGCGCCUAUCAGGUUCGCUCCAUUCAGGGUCUGGAUAAAACUCCCUGGAUUGGCUUUUUCUCUCAGCUGGUCGAUGAAAUCUUUCGUGACCUGUGCAAGGGGCUCUGCCCUGCAAAUACCACUCUUCUCCAGGCUUCCUGGCCUUGGAAGGAGAAGCCUUCACAUUUAGCAUCCCUGAAACAUUUCUAUCGCUCUAACCUGGCCAGGACCAAGAGAGACACCAAAUGA